AUGGAGUCGUCAGAGCGGAUUCAGGAGGGAGCCAGGGGCGUUGGUCGUGCCGAUCGCUGGACUGAGCUCCUUGGCCAGCCCAAAUGGAGGAUUCCUGCCCACGGAGAGCUUCACGCGGAUGAGAUCGCGAAGCCCGAGGGCGGAUCGCCGUGGUCGCCACCCCCGUUGCCCCCGCCGCCCCUGGAGCAGGAGCGGAGCGCGUCUCCCACGGCGGGAGGUGGCUGGGCCCCGUGCCCGGCCUGCGGGCCCCGUCGCCCCCACCCGUGCCCCGACUGCGGCAAGGCCUUCACGCGGCCCGCUUACCUGUCCCAGCUCCGGGCCACCCACCGGGGCGAGCACCCCUUCUGCUGUGCCCAGUGCGAGAAGACCUUCCGCCGCGUCCCCCACCUGGCCCAGCACCGCGCCACGCACACGGAGGCCCGCCACUUCUCCUGCCAGGACUGCGGCCAGGCCUUCCGCCAGCACGCCGACCUGGCGGCCCACCAGUUGAUGCACACGGGUGAGAGGCCCUACCCAUGCCCGGACUGUGGCAAGGUGUUCGCCACCUCGUCCAGCCUGUUCAAGCACCAGCGGACCCACAUGGGCGAGUGGCCCUUCCCCUGCCCGGAUUGCAGCCGGGCCUUUAGUGUCAAGUCCAACCUGGUGCAGCAUCAGCGCACCCACAAGGGCGAACGGCCCUACAAGUGCCCGGCCUGUAAGCAGACCUUCACCGACCGCUCCACACUGACCCACCACCGCCGCAUCCACAGCAGCGAGUGGCCCUAUGCCUGCCCCGACUGCGCCAAGGCAUUCAGAUGCAGCUCCAGCCUCAUCCAGCACCGCCGCAGCCACAGCGGUGAGAAGCCGUACGCCUGCCCCGACUGCACCAAGGCCUUCAGCUCCAGCUUGCACCUGGUGAAGCACCAGUGCAUCCACACUAGCAAGUGGCCCUACGCCUGCCCCGACUGCGGCCGCGCUUUCCGCUGUAGCACCAUGUUCAUCCAGCACCAGAAGACGCACACGGGCGAGAAGCCAUACUGCUGCACCCAGUGCCCCAAGGCCUUCACCUGCAGCUCCGGCCUCAUCAAGCACCGCCGCGUCCACAGCGGGGAGAAGCCCUUCCGCUGCCGUCUCUGGGGCAAGGCCUUCGCCACCUGCCCGGCCCUCGUCAAGCAUCAGAAGACUCACGCCCCCGACCCCGCCAACUAG